AUUUAGACAAAUAGAAAAUUGUGAAGCAGCGCCCGGAAAAAGGAAAGGAAAGCAGCCCCCAAAAACAGACGAGUCAGCGAUUUGACUUCCCUCCUCCAAUUCCAAGCAAAUUCCGAAUUCCUAGUUUCCGAUAUGCCCUAACACAGAAAAGUCCUCUUCUUCAACCCUAAAACCAUUCAAACCUAAUUACUUUUCCCACAAGAAUCCGGGUUUCCCAUAAUAUGGGACAUUAAAGAAUGCAUUUUUAGACUCUCAUAUUCUUCUUUCCCCUAAUUAAUCUUCCAUUUCGACGACGAAGACGACCUCCAUGGCUGCUGCAUCUGAAGCUAGCGCCCAACCCAUUGGCGCCACCGAGAUUAAUUGGGACAAGCUAGAUAAGACUAAAUUUUAUGUGGUUGGAGCUGGAUUGUUUACAGGGGUCACAGUGGCACUGUACCCAGUUUCUGUUGUGAAAACCAGGCUACAAGUUGCUACAAGUGAAUCUGUAGAGAGAAAUGCAUUGUCUGUAAUCAAAGGCAUUUGGAAAGCGGAUGGUGUUCCUGGUUUGUAUAGGGGAUUUGGCACAGUCAUAACUGGGGCUGUUCCGACUAGGGUUAUAUUCAUGACUGCUCUCGAGACCACAAAGGUGGCUGCUUUCAAGUUGGUUGAGCCAUUCAAAUUUUCUGAACCGACGCAGGCCGCUUUGGCUAAUGGACUGGCUGGAAUGACUGCUUCGCUUUUCUCUCAGACCAUCUUUGUUCCUAUUGAUGUGGUUAGUCAGCGGUUGAUGGUGCAAGGCUAUUCAGGGCAUGUGAGGUACACUGGGGGGAUGGACGUUGCUCGUCAGAUUUUGAAGACCGACGGCAUCAGGGGAUUUUAUAGAGGAUUUGGACUUUCCAUUAUGACCUACUCUCCAUCCAGUGCUGUAUGGUGGGCUAGUUACGGUUCAAGCCAGCGCCUAAUCUGGAGUUUCUUUGGCCAUGGCUCAGAUGAAGCUCCCCCUAGCGUGGGGAAAAUAAUGUCAGUUCAAGCUACUGGUGGGAUUAUUGCGGGUGCAACAGCUUCCUUCAUAACAACCCCUUUGGACACAAUAAAGACACGCUUACAGGUCGGACACGAAAAGAGACCCACUACAAGUGAAGUUGUUAAAAGCUUGAUUAGAGAUGAUGGUUGGAAAGGUUUUUACAGAGGGCUAGGUCCAAGAUUUUUCAGCAUGUCCGCAUGGGGCACUUCGAUGAUAUUGGCUUAUGAAUAUCUGAAGCGAGUAUGUGCAAAAGAUGAAUAGAUGUCAGGCUACUAUCGGUCUACAACCUUUUCUUCUCUGAACUCUCAUGCAAGUAUAGAUAUUUGGUUCCGGGGUUGGCUAGUAAUAAGCAAUCAAAAGGCUGUUACUUUGAUUUUGAAUCCAGACCCGAGAUUUUGAAAAACUCAUUAUGAUACUGACCUUCAGAGAGAUCUUGUAAUUCUUUGAAGAAUUUUACCUAGAUCCUUAUAUUGCCCGUAGGAUUUAAUUGAAUUGAUUUGAGCAAUAGCAACCCACAUUUUUUCUUCUGUACCGCAAGUGUAUCUGAGCAAGAGAUUUUGACUACUGAUUCAGUUAUUUCACAUAAUUUCUUCUCCUGUAUUGUUAUCUGGAUAUUGAAUUUGUUCACCAGAAAGAUUAUGAUUAUAGAAAAUGUUCAACAUUUA